GUGGCAGAUUUUCUGGAGACCCUCAGCCGGAUUCUUGCUGUUUAGGGGUACAAGGGAGUUAUGACAAGCCAUGAAUCAGGAAAGUUCACAUGCCGGUCCGGAGCUUUGAAACCUGAGGGAUAUUUUGAGGCCACUAUGAGAAGAUGAAGAGACAAAACGUGCGGACACUCGCCUUAAUUAUCUGCACUUUGUCCUAUUUACUCAUUGGAGCGGGAGUCUUCGACGCUCUCGAGUCAAAGCAAGAGAAAAGCCAGAAGGGCAAACUCGACUAUCAAAAAUUUCUGCUUAUGCUUAAAUAUAAUCUCACCAGGCUUGACUUUGAUCAGAUUGAAAAGGUCGUGUUGCUUCUGAAGCCUCACAAAGCUGGAGUCCAGUGGAAGUUCGCCGGGUCUUUUUAUUUCGCCAUCACGGUGAUAACGACCAUAGGUUAUGGCCAUGCCGCCCCCAGUACGGAUGCUGGGAAAGCAUUCUGCAUGGGGUAUGCACUUCUGGGCAUCCCCCUCACGCUGGUAAUGUUCCAGAGCCUGGGCGAACGCAUCAACACCUUCGUCCGAUUCCUGUUGCACAAAGCCAAGAAAUGCAUGGGCCUGCGGCGGCCGGAAGUCUCCAUGGCCAACAUGGUGAUCAUUGGCUUCUUUUCCUGCAUCAGCACCUUGUGCAUAGGAGCAGCUGCCUUCUCCCACUACGAAGGCUGGACCUUUUUCCAUGCCUUCUACUACUGUUUUAUAACCCUCACCACCAUCGGUUUUGGGGACUACGUAGCCCUACAGAAGGACAACGCUCUCCAGAACGACCCUCAUUAUGUGGCCUUUAGUUUUGUCUAUAUCCUGAUGGGCCUCACAGUAAUUGGUGCUUUCCUCAAUCUAGUGGUACUACGGUUCAUGACGAUGAACACCGAGGAUGAGAGAAGAGAUGCAGAGCAGAGGGCGCUGCUCUCCAACGAUAAACCAAAAGGUCUGGUUUCACGGCGUCCGGACCCUCCGAGCCCAGCCGCCGUUGGGCGAGAUAAAAGGCGAGGGCUGAAGAGCGUCUACGCUGAGGUGCUCCACUUCCAGACGGUGUGCUCCUGCCUGUGGUACAAAAGCAGAGAGAAAAUGGUCAUCCUCCCACAGGAUAUGUCCUUCACUGAUGCGUUAAUGGAGCAAGGAGACGUAUCGCCCCACCACUUCUUCGAACCCGGCACCACAGGCUGUGUGUGUAACCCUCAACGCUGCUCAGCCAUUAGCACUGUGUCUGCUGACCUGAGAAACAUCUCACCGUUUAGGCUUUUCUCCAAGAGACGCAGCUCUGUCUGAAUCACCUCACUUUCUUAUACAGUCACUGUAGAUCUUUAAUGAGUCACUUAUUAAAUAACUUACAGUUAUUUUCAUAGCAUUCACAUAAAGAUGCUUGAAUGGACCACCCAAGAUUAGGUGGACUGAUGAAAGAGCUCCACUAGGAGUCUUUUUACAUAAACACAUCUAUACUCAUUCAACACUUCGAUAACUAUUUUGAGAAUUCAAAUGGUCUUCUACUUCAAAACACUCAUUUACACCUUGAUAUGGUGCAAUAGACAGUAGUUCUUUACAAAGUCUAACCAAAACAGUCUGAUCUGCAAUGCUGUUUUAUCUUGUUCAGAUGGUAAAAGAAGUGUGAAUUUUUUGAUUUUCAUUAAUUCAAGUCAUUUUUGGCUUUGCAUUUCAGGGUUUUGUGCUAUUCAGAAUUGGACUGAGAACACCUUUUAAAUUUCAGUUCAAUUCUUGAAUUUGAGUUGAAUUGGAAAUUAGAUAACAAACUGAAUGCAUAAUUGCAAUUUUAAUUUGUACGAGGAAGUAGGCUUAAAAUGUAGUGAAAUUUAAAGAAAUUCACUUAAUUUUACACAAGAAAGUAGAGCUAAAGCAUUACAAACAUUCAUACAAACAGACAGACUCACAAUAAAUGGAUAAUUCGAUAUUUUAAGUUUGGUGGAUGAGGGUGGAAGAACACAAUCUCAUUCUGUGGAACAAAUAUAAGAUGGAAGGGAAAAAAUGAUAUUGCAGUGCAUUUCUGUUCAUUGACAAAGUUUUGCAUGCAGUCUCUAAACUGAUGAUG